AUGCGUGGUGAUUACUUAUCUACUGAUAAAAAAAUCGAUGAAAUAAUUGAAUCUUGUAUUUCAGAAAAUACUCGCAAGGCUACACAAAAGUGGGAAGUUCUUAAUGGAAAAAUGAAGGUUUUAAAGCAAUCCGAAAAGGUUACCAAGCAUCAUGAUCCAUUGUCACCUAACGAAUUAAAGACAAUAUUUAAUCAUAAGACAUUGUUGAUUAAUACAGCCAAGAGGCUUCAAUAUCGGGUGUUUAUAUGGUGUUGUCUCCUUUUUGCUCCACGUGGUAGUGAACAUAGUCAAAUGAAGGUUACGCAGUUUACUUUUCUUAGUAAUGGAGGGAUUCAGUUUACAAAAUUUUCUCAGAAAAAUGAUCCCGGCGGUAUUGAAAAAAAUUUGGAUUCGCUUAUAAUACCAGUAUCUGCAGAUCCUGAAGG